AUGAGGAAGCAAUACUCCCCUGUGCUUUCCUUUUGCCUGAUGGUUCUUGUUGUAGCUGCUAUGGUCUGUGUCAUGUACACCAGCUCUGCAGAAGCAGGAAGGAGUGGUUACAACUCAUACCAACCUGACGGAUUUGGUGGAUCCAAUUCUGUUCCCACAAACGGCGGUGCCAACCCCUAG